GGGAUUCAAGAUCAACAAGUGAAAGAAAAUCAGACAUUCCAGGAAGAGAAGGACGAGUUGGGCAUUUUAGGGAAAACAAAUACAAAAUUCCAUCAAUACCCUUCUCUUCUUCAUCUUUUUGGCCUACAUUAUCAUCGUUUUCGCACAGCUAAUAGAACUUUCUGAUUUAUCUGCCCCAAAACCCUAAUCCCUCUUUUUUUUGGCCAAAUCAUACUCAAAAAAUAAUAAAUUUUGAAAUUGUUUAUUUGGGGGUGAGAAAAUUUGAUUUUUAUUUACUUCUUUUUUUUCUUUUUUUUCUUUUUUUAUAAAUUUUUUGGGGUUCAUCGAAGAAGUUUUUGAUUGAAUGCGAUAGAUAUGCCGCCGAAGCAGCAGUCCAAAGCCGACAUGGCAAAAAAGCAGAAAGUCGUAGAGGAUAAGACUUUCGGGCUCAAAAACAAGAACAAGAGCAAAAAUGUUCAGAAAUACGUUCAGAAUCUCAAGCAAGCCGUCCAACCAAAACCAGACGCGACUAAAGUCGCUGCCAAGAAAAAGAAGGAGGAAGAGAAAGCUAAAGAGAAGGAGCUGAAUGAUUUGUUUAAGGUAGCUGUUAGUCAGCCAAAAGUUCCAGUUGGUGUUGAUCCUAAAUCUAUACUAUGUGAGUUUUUCAAGGCGGGACAGUGCACCAAGGGUUUCAAAUGCAAGUUCUCACAUGACUUGAAUGUCCAGAGGAAGGGUGAAAAGAUUGAUAUUUACAGUGAUAAGCGUGAUGGAGAAGACACCAUGGAAGAUUGGGAUCAAGAGAAGUUGGAGAAGGUCGUGGAGUCAAAGACGAAAGAGUACAACCAGAAUAAACCAACCGAAAUUGUUUGCAAAUACUUUCUUGAUGCAGUUGAAAAGAAACAGUAUGGUUGGUUCUGGGUUUGCCCAAAUGGUGGCAAAGAUUGUCACUACAGGCAUGCUCUUCCUCCAGGCUAUGUUUUGAAAUCUCAAAUGAAGGCACUUCUUGAGGAAGAGGCUGAAAAGAUUCCCGUUGAGGAGGAGAUUGAGAAUCAGCGUGCAAAAGUAACCACCACUACUCCUAUGACUCCCGAGCUGUUUCUUCAAUGGAAGAAGAAAAAGAUGGAAGAAAGAGAUGCAGGUCUUGCUGCACAACGAGCAGAGAGGGCUAAGAAUGACCGCAUGAGUGGUCGUGAGCUUUUCCUUUCAGAUGCUAGCUUGUUUGUGGAUGAUGCUGAGGCUUAUGAAAAAUACUUGAGAGAAGAACCUGAGGUUGCUGAACGAAAGGCCAAAGACAACACAGCAGUGGAGGGACCAAGUGCUUCUUCUAGUGCCGUUGCUGGCUCCGAAGAAGCUCCACCAGAUGAUGACGAUGAUGAUGAUGAACUGGACAUGGAUGAGUUAAAUGAGCUCGAGGCAAGUUUGUCAAGAACAUCUAUUCAGAUUCGUGAGCCGGGUAUUGAGGCAUCUUGAAAAGAGAAGGGGGGAGAGAAAGAGAGGCAUCUUGGAGAGAGAGAGAGAUUUGCUGUGACUCUGCCAUAGAAUUGACAAGGAAAAAGAGUCCUUGUUGGGCAAUUUCAGAUCAACUACAAUUGAGAAUUUGAGAGGCAAUAAUGUAAAUUUUUCAAUGUUGGGAUGGUGUGAAGUUAUAUGGAAUUUGGUGGUUGAAUUAUUAUGGUUUUAUCAUUUGAUGCAAUGAAAAGUCGAAAUUUUGAUCAAA